CCCCUGUUUUGAGAGACAAAGGUCAGAAAGAGAGGCUUAUAAACAGGCUAAAAUAUAGGCUACCGACGCAUCCAGCCCUCAGUCGCUCUCACGGACACAGGAGGACACGGACAAGACGACACGUACAAGGGACCGCGCUCUAAGGACAUUAAAAGGACAAAAUAAUAUCCAAUAUUACAUCAACACAGCAGAAUGGCUCAGAAAGAGAAACUUCAAUGCCUGAAGGAUUUCCACAAGGACACUCUGAAGCCGUCUCCCGGUAAAAGCCCUGGCACCCGGCCUGAAGACGAGGCGGAGGGCAAACACCCCCAGAGGGAGAAGUGGGCCAGCAAGUUGGACUUUGUUCUGUCUGUGGCUGGCGGCUUUGUUGGUUUAGGGAACGUGUGGCGUUUCCCGUACCUCUGCUACAAGAACGGUGGAGGUGCAUUUCUCAUCCCCUACUUCAUUUUCCUGUUUGGCGGAGGUCUGCCGGUCUUCUUCCUGGAGGUUGCCCUGGGUCAGUUCACCUCUGAGGGUGGGAUCACCUGCUGGGAGAAGCUCUGCCCCAUCUUUACUGGUAUUGGUUACGCCUCCAUUGUGAUCGUGUCCCUGCUGAAUAUCUACUACAUCGUCAUCCUGGCCUGGGGAGUUUACUACCUGUUCCAGUGCUUUCAGCCGGAGCUGCCCUGGGCCAAGUGCAAUCAGCCCUGGAACACCAACCGCUGCAUCGAGGACACCUACCGCAAGAACAAAUCCCUCUGGCUGGCAGCCAACGCCUCCAACUUCUCCUCCCCCGUCACCGAGUUCUGGGAACGUAACGUGCUGGGCAUCACCAACGGUAUCCACGACAUCGGUCCUGUUAAAUGGGACCUGGCUCUGUGUUUACUGCUCGUCUGGGUCAUCUGCUUCUUCUGCAUCUGGAAGGGAGUCAAGUCCACUGGCAAGGUUGUCUACAUCACGGCCACGUUCCCAUUCGUCAUGCUCAUCGUGCUGUUGAUCCGUGGUGUGACACUGCCAGGUGCUUCUGCGGGCAUCAAGUUCUACCUGUACCCCGACCUCGCUCGUCUCAAGGACCCAGAGGUUUGGAUUGACGCAGGCACCCAGAUCUUCUUCUCCUACGCCAUCUGUUUGGGCGCCAUGACAUCCUUGGGGAGCUACAACAAGUACAAAUACAACUGCUACAGGGACUGUUUGCUGCUGGGAGCCCUCAACAGUGGUACCAGUUUUGUGUCUGGCUUCGCAAUAUUUUCCGUCCUGGGCUUCAUGGCACAAGAGCAAGGGGUGGACAUUGCUGAUGUGGCAGAGUCAGGUCCAGGCCUGGCCUUCAUUGCCUACCCCAAGGCUGUAUCCAUGAUGCCUUUUCCUACAGUCUGGGCAAUUCUCUUCUUCAUUAUGCUGCUGCUGCUUGGCCUCGACAGUCAGUUUGUGGAGGUGGAAGGGCAGAUCACAUCACUGGUGGAUCUGUAUCCGUCCUUCCUAAGGAAGGGUUACCGCAGAGAGAUCUUCAUCGCUAUACUCUGCUGCAUCAGCUACCUGCUUGGACUCACCAUGGUUACCAAGGGUGGCAUGUAUGUUUUCCAGCUGUUUGAUUACUAUGCAGCUAGCGGUGUGUGCCUUCUGUGGGUGGCAUUCUUUGAAUGUAUAGCUGUUGCCUGGGUUUAUGGCGUUGAUAAUUUCUACGAUGCACUUGAGGACAUGCUUGGCUACAGACCAAAUGCUUGGAUGAAAUGGAGCUGGACUAUUAUCACUCCUUUACUGUGCAUGGGCUGCUUUAUCUUCUCCUUGGUCAAAUACAAGCCAUUGACGUACAACAAGGUCUACGAGUAUCCUGAUUGGGCUGUCGGAAUAGGUUGGACUCUGGCCCUGACCUCCAUGAUCUGCAUCCCCAUGGUGGUCGUCAUCAAGAUCAUCCGAUCUGAUGGGCCGCUCAUUGAGAGGAUCAAGGCGGUUGCAGCUCCGGUUCGCGGCGGGGCCAGCUCCCGUCCAGCGGACCACCGUGGCCUCAAGGAGCUGACCUACCCGCUGGACCCCAACGGGAACAAGGGCCUGCUGAUGAAGGCCCCGACUCACACCAUCGUAGAAACCAUGAUGUAAAGGAAUGAGGCGGAGGCUCUCCAUGAGAUCGCUCUCCUCUCCUCUCCUGUCCUGUCCUCUAAAAUGCUUCUAAAGCUAGCUAGUUUUCUGUCUAUCUGUCUAUCUGUCUGUCUGGUGGACUGAUAAGGGUUUUAAGGAAAAAAAAAAAUGUUCCCGUUUCAAAUCUUGUAGGAAUACUUUGGAAGUAGUUUGCUCUUGGUGGGUUUUCUUCAGAGGGUAGCAAUCACAUUUCAAAUCUAUUUCUGAAUUACUCACAAUUACUGGUGCUGGUCCUUUUUUCUAUUUGUAAUAUCCAUGUGACUACAUGUCCCGCUGUUGUCUUGUUUAAAGGCAGAGUGGCAAAUUAGCAGCAGCCUCUGGCCAUAGGCUGGUAUUUUUAUGUUUGUUCCACCAGCUACUUUCGCAGAAAACCAGCCAUUGUUCUAAAAAAAAAAAAAAGGAAGAAAGUGGUUAUGAGUCUUGGAAUCAAACAGCCUUUUUUUCUGAUACAGUGAACAGGGUGCACUUAUCUGAGGACAUGUGCCAUAGGGUUCAACUUUGGCUUAGUCUGCUCCGCUGUGUGCAGCAAAGGCCCAGUUGAGAUGAUGUGCAAGAUCAAGGCACUACAGGUACAAAAAACGUUAAUUAAAAGUCGUUUUUUACCCUGUCAGGACUAGAGAUUGACAAGUAUAAAGUCACAUGCUCCCCAUCAGUAAAUCAGAAAUGUAAUUUCAGCUGCAAAAGGCAAGAUUUUGUGUGAGAAAUAUGACCAAACUUAACAGCGGACAAUUUCAAAAUGUGGCUUCAGAGGGAAAAAAUCUCCCAAUCCCACAAAUGUUACAGCCAAUACACUGAUUUUUUUUGUUUGUUUUCUAACUUGGAGCUACUCAAACACAAAAUUGCCAGGUGCAGCUAAAAAAGAAAAAGAUAAAUAAAUGUAAAAAUGUACACAGCCAUGAUAGCCGAUGACCCUUACCAAACCAGGAUCUGGUUUUUAAAUGCACCUUAGCACAAAUGUCCCCAUCUUCCAUAGCCAUAAACUAUGGGUCAAAGAGAAAACUAGCACUGAGACUGCGACGGGGAAACCCGCUGCCGCACAAAGAGAGAGGUAUCUGAAAGGAUUUGAAGUGUGGAGGUUGAACCCUUGAGUGUGUUGUCUGUGGCGUACUGUACAGUAGUAGCUAAUCAGUCUAUCUACAUAUAUCUAUCUCUCUAUCUAUCUUUCUCUGUCCUAGACCAGUUUACAGUACAUUAGUGACUGCACUAGGCACUCUUGGCUUACAAUUUUGGAUUGGAUUUAUUUUGUUUUCUACAGAGGAAGUUACAUUAUUAUUAGUUUUUCCUCUGUCAGUGUUUAGAUUUUUUAUUAAGACUAUAAUGUUAUUGUUAUUCACUAUUGAUGAUAAUUGCUGUAGUUUUACAUAGAAGAAGGAACACUUCUUUCAUCGGGUGAAAAUACUAAGCUAUUAUACAAAUCAUACAUUUACAGUGGCAGCCAUUGUAGUUAUAAUCCUCCUCAUUCAUUUCUCCAGCAUUGGGUCUGCCAACAGUCCUGACAAACAGACAUAUUGGAUUUUUUUCCCAACUUGUUGGGGUCAAACAUUCAAUGAACGAUUUAAUGUAAAGUUAAAAGAAAUGGGAAUCCUACAAUGGCUCCAUCUGUAAGUUUGUAGGUGUUGGGGGUUUAUAGCUUUUCCUCUUCUGUAAAUACCAGGGGACAGUAUUUAAUUUGGAUAAAUUCAGUCAGACAGGGCACUGUAGCCAACGGUUUCAACAACACGUCGCCAACUCAAUGACUCACAGCAGAAAAUCGCGGCUGGGCGACGAUCCCAACAAAUCAGCAGCACUGUCUACUCGUCUGAGUGUCAAACUCCUUUCCAGACACUGUGAAAUGUGUCAGCUGGCUGCAGACGAAUCAGAGCCAGUGAAUGACAGAGUCGGUCACGUUUAUGUCCUCAAUCGCUCAAUGUUGCUUCGGCUCACAAAAAAAAAAAGAAGCAAGAAGCUUUUUCUCAAACAAGGAACCCCGACUGCUCUAUAAAAGCCUGAAAAUUAGAAGCACUGCAUCUUAAAUUGAGAAAAUUAUUUGGGAUUAUCAAAAUAUGACACCGAUUGGAACCUACAAAUAAUGAUAAUUAAAAAAAACAAAAAACAUGUUAGCCUGCUGCCCCCGCGACCCGGCCUCGGAUAAGUGGACGAGAAUGGAUGGAUGUUAAAUUUGAAUUCCAGGCAGCAUUUUAAGGCCUCCAAACCAUAAAAUCAAUGAAGUAAAUUUAACUUCUGAUCAAAUAUACUGUGAGCUGUGAAAUUGGCCACUAAAUAAAAUAAAAUGACACCCCUGAAACCUGCAUUUAGAGCCUCAGCUAAUUUAAAAAGUCGGCCGUAAUAUUGUUGAUGCGAGCCAUGCGCAGUAAGAGCAGACUAUCUGAGAAAUUGUGUGUAAUAUUUAGUGUUACAUUGACUUUAAUGUGUCUCUGUAACAAGGGGUAUCCCAAUGUUAUGUGUCACCAGCGACCGUCCACUCAGGACCUUCUCUGUAGUGCUUUUAUCUACUGUAAAGCUGCAUUAACCCAGCGUACAAAAAAAAAUUGACUCAUAACUGUGGGUGAAAAAGAGCCGACGUUUAAUGGUAGCAAUCAAAAUUGGUGUUUUUUUGUCCGAAUUGAAAGGCCAUUGGAUCAGUUCAAUGUCACACGGAGUGGAAAAUCACACACCUUAACUGCCUAUGUGCAAAAAUACAGAAAGAGUGAGUCAGGAGUGAGUUUUUCUUGCACCUUAUUUGUAUAAUUUGGACUUCAUAUCAAAUGAUGAGGCCAAAAGAAAAACACUGCCAUCUUUUUAUUCAGGGUCCUCAUUGAAAAGAAGAAGAAUACUGUCAAAAACCCGAAAGCUUUUAGCUUUGAGUGCUUCUGUUCUCCCGAAAGCAGAAAUAUUAAAAUAGAUCAAAAUGCUAUAAAAUAUUAAUUAAUGUCAAAUAUACAGUUAUACAGUACACAUGCAUUGCAGGAAUUUGACCAACAAGCAUCACAUCAAAAGUGAGACCAGAGCCUCAUUUUGUGUGUCAUCGAAGCUUUGAUAUUUGUUUUUUGUCGGUUUAUUUAAUUUCUUUCAAAUAGAAUAAAGUAGUUCAUAUCAUUAAAAGGGAUUUGUGAAACCAAAUCCGCAGCAGACAUCUAUUUUCAUACAGUAACAAACUUUUCCUAUAUAAGUCGUCUUUGUACAGCUCAGCCCCCAUUGCAGACCUCCCAUUUUAAUACAGAUACCAAGCUUCAUUUUAAUCUUAAACUUUUGUACAGAUCUGGUCCUCGAUUCCCCUGAAGGAUCUUUGCACUAAAAUAAAAAAUGCUUAAAAAGAAAUCUGUCAGUACCUUCCAGUAAGAGCAACAUCAGAAACAUUAAAUAAAUGCAAAAAAAUAUUUAAAUUAUUUGAAAUUAAUGUUUAAUAUAGUGAGGAAUUCAAUCGUCAACAGCAAAACAAAGACAAAAAAAUAGAUUUAGUCCCUCAGUGGAAUAAAAUAUGUUCCUUUAGUGCUAAGAUGCUUCUUUUGGUGGGGAAACAUGGACCAGAAAUAAUAUCUAAUGCAGUCAUUUAUUGGUUUAUUCUGCCUCUGUGUGUAUUUACAGUAUGUACCAGUCCCUCUGCCUUCGUACACUCCCCUUCAGUUAGCCUACGUAUACCUUCCGUUAACCUAAGCUAACCGAUUUUUCUCAGAGACAAUGAAUUUGCAAGAAAAUCGAAGCAUUAACCAUGCACAAGUUUUUACCGCCGAAUGUUGAAAUGUGAAAGUCACCCGAGGGUGAAUGUAAAAGUUUCUGAAGAUUUAUUUUUUAGGUGAAAAAAAUAGUUUCUUUUUAUUUUUAUCAAUCUUGUUUUAUUGAAUUCAGCAGUUUUCUUGUUUUAUUUUUGAUUGUGUGUCUGUCACAUUUGCCUUUUGUAUUCCAAAUAUAAUGUAUUUGAACCUCUGUCAUUGGAGUAACAUGUACAAUUAAUAAUCAAAAAACAAGCAAAAAAAAGUAAAAAGCUAUGAUUUGUUACGUGCAAUACUUUGUAGAAUACUUUGAUUUUUCUUGCUGUUUUUUUUUCCAAAAGGUGGUAUUAACCUUUGAAGUAAGACGAUAGCCUGUGAAUUCUUGAUGAAGAAAAUUUAAAAACUUCAGGGUCCAGUUAAAUUAAAAAUCCGCCACAAAAUGCUCUGCAGUGUGGAAAUAAACCAAACUAAACUCGUACUCCAACAAAGAUCUUGUGGUUUGAAAUGCACUGAGAAUGAUACUAAAACGUCGUCACAUCAAACUGAAUUUCUUUCAGCAAAUUACUAUUUUUUAUUUUUGUGACAGACUGCUAAGUUGUGAGUUUG